AUGACAUUUUCUUCCCCAUUUUGUUACAACACAACAACUCAACUUUUUUCCUCAUUUUCCCGCACACAACCAUAUCAUACCUAGGGGUGGCAUUUCGGUUAUUUCGGUUAUAACCGGUAACCGAUCGGCCGGUUAUCGGUUAACCGAAAUAACCAAUCCCCCUACCGAAAACCGCCCGAAAUAGGUUUCGGUCUCUCGGUUAUCGGUUAACCGAACCACUUUUAAGACCAAAAACUAUUUCGUCCAGCCUCCGAUAACCGACCGAAGUUUGGUUACUUCAGUUAUCGGUUACUGGAUAACCGGCCGGUUAACCGAUAACCGGUAACCGAACUGCCACCCCUAAGGCUCACAUGACAUUUCCAACGUUUGGGACAAUCAGCCUACCAAGAAGCCUUUAAUACCCUUGAAUAAAUAUGGUAGAUCGAGUAGUAGGGGGCUACAAUAGAAGUUUGAACAAGUUGGGCAAGCAAGCAUUUACUAGAAAGUAGAAACCAGCACACAUUCACAUUCCACUAUCAGCUAGGACUGGGCAACGAUCCAGUCCACAUCGGCUAGAAUCGAAUCAAAUCGGAUAGUAUAUAUUUUGAUUCGAUUUUGAUCCUAUGAAUUAUUUUAAGUAUGAAAAAGAUGGGUCAGUCAAACUUGAAUUUGGACAUAACCAAAUGAAACGAACAUGCUUUCGGUCUGACACUAAUCCUCGUUUUUACUUUAUUUUUCUUAUCCGGUUUCGAUCCGAUUCUAGACAGUACCGAAUCAACCAAUCCAACCUCUCUAACCAGAGCAACACAAUAUAAAAAGAUCAUAAUGAAGUUAGGACAUCUUGUUGGUAGUUCCCUACAUUUAUUGCACCCAUCCAAAAUAAAACCCAAUACAAGCUUUACCCUUACAGCCUCUCUUUACACAAAGCACAAUACAUUUCCCACAUCCCAAAAAAAAAAAAAAAACAAGAUUCAAGUUCCUCCUCCCAAACACAUCCCUUCCACAAUGUUCCGCCACCUCCCCGCCGCCGCCGCCGCGGCGAUCCUCCUAAUCAUCUCCGCCGUCUCGGCCCAGACCAUGUCCCCCGGCCCAGCUCCCUACUACAACCCCACCGCCCCAUCGAUGUCUCCACCGUCAUCAAGCGGUGGCAGUAGCGGAGGAGGAGUAGCGCCGGCGCCGGCCGUGGACUGCAUGACGCAGCUAUUCAACCUGUCGGACUGCCUGUCGUACGUGACAACCGGGAGCAACCUGACCAAACCGGACAAACCUUGCUGCCCGGAGCUGGCCGGGCUGGUCGACAGCAACCCGAUCUGCCUCUGCACGCUGCUCACCCUCAACGCCUCCGACUACGGGUUCGACAUCGACAGGACGAGAGCCUUCGGGCUGCCUUCCGUCUGCUCCGUCUCCACUCCUCCCGUUAGCCUCUGUCCAGGACUUGGCGGAAGCCCGAUGGGGGCGCCAUCGCCGAGCCAGGGAGGAGGAGGAGGAGCCACCGCGGACUCACCUGCCGGAGGACCGAUGAUGGGACCUUCGCCGUCGAGCGGCGAGAACGGCGGCACGGGAACUGGACCAUCAGGCCAUGGCUCACCAACAGCCAGUCCCGGACUUUCCACACAUUUACUAUUCACCACCACAACUUUGUUCCUCCUACUUUCCACGUCCUUCUUCCACAGCAACUGAUGAUGAUGACCUUUCGGCUCCAACCCUAGUGGUUGGUGAAGUUCCCAUUGACCCAAGUCGUCGUCUUCUAUUUUCCACCACGUACCCAAACUUUCCACGAGUUUACUUUUUGCUCCAUUACUCUUACGAUUUGAUCAUUUGUAUCAUUAUUAUAUUGUGAGUUUGUGACCUCUCUUUCAUCGGUGACAUAUGUUGGUUUCUCUCCAUCAAUAAUUCUUCUAGGAAAGUUCUCAUGAUUCAAUCCCUAUGUGACUUUUUCUUUUCCAUUACAUGAACUCUCGAAUGUGUUCUUUUGUUAUUGGAAAUCGACCGAACGAAAUGUUACUGAAUUACGUGUGCGUUAAUGUGGUGUGUGAUUCAACGAAUUCCUAUGUAGAUACAUUUGUGUCUUUAUAUGCAAAAAAUUAUCAAACCAAUGAUAAGGAAACAACUCUCGGAAGAAACAUAACCGAAGUCGAUUCUUUUUCAAGAAUCGUUCCUCAAGCUGUAUGCCUCCUCAAAAUGAUCGUCCCAACACGGACAAACUUUGUUACCGUCGAUAAUUUCGAAUGAUGAUACUCUCGGUAGAUUUAAUCCCCGUACAUUCAACAUUAUUCUUAGAAUCCAAAGACAUCUUUGCCACAGAGAACUGGAAGCUUCGGUAAUUUCGGGGAGAACAGAGUCUAGCAGAAGCACAGAAAUCAUAUGGCGACUGAUGAAGUUUAGUAGGAUAGUGAUAGCGAUGCCACCGCGUCUAAAUGGAAGUUGUUGAAUCACACAUUGAAGUGAUUUUACCCUUUCUUUUAUACGAGGUGAGAAAUUUGCAAAUAAACAUCAUCACUCGUCAUAAACAAUUGACAUUACAAGAGCAAAGCUCAUUCUAAAUGAAUGUCAAAAGAGUAG